UUCAUCAAAGCAGCCAUACCGAGAUACAAAGCCUGGUACAAAACACACACACACACACACACACACACACACAUCCAUCCAUCCUGUAUGUGAUUCCUGCGGUUUGCAAAGGCUCUAUGUUUGCUGAGAGGCUGUGAAAGAUGGACGGCACAAGGGUCUUUUUAGCCAAUUCCAACCAGCACAUUAACAUCGGAAAAGAAAAGCACAGCAGGAAUGGAUUUGUUUAUGUUAAGAACCCCCAUUUGGAUUUAAUGGAGGAAGACAUCCUUUACCACUUGGCUUUAGGAACCAAAACGCACAACCUGCCAGCCAUGUUUGGAGACAUAAAGUUUGUCUGCGUGGGAGGAAGCCCCAACAGAAUGAAGGCUUUUGCUCAGUUCAUGCAGAAAGAACUUGGACACGAAGGAGAGGACAAUGACUUGGAAAACAUUUGUGCUGGGACUGACCGUUACUCCAUGUAUAAGGUGGGCCCAGUGCUCUCCAUCAGCCAUGGGAUGGGUAUUCCCUCCAUUUCUAUCAUGCUUCAUGAACUAAUCAAAUUGCUACACCAUGCAAAAUGCUGUGAUGUUACCAUUAUCCGCAUCGGUACCUCAGGAGGAUUAGGAGUUGAGCCUGGCUCUGUGGUAAUAACAGAUGUGGCAGUGGAUUCCUUUUUCAAGCCCCAGUUUGAGCAAGUGAUCCUAGACCAUGUGGUGACACGAAGCACAGAGCUUGACCAAGACUUGGCUUCUGAGUUACUCAAAUGCAGCAGAAACGAUUUCCCAACACUAAUGGGCCAUACAAUGUGCACGUAUGAUUUUUAUGAGGGCCAAGGACGGUUAGAUGGAGCCUUGUGCUGCUUCUCUAAUGAAAAAAAGCUAGAGUAUUUAAAAAGAGCAUACAAUGCCGGCGUGAGAAACAUAGAAAUGGAAUCCACAGUAUUUGCUGCGAUGUGCAGGCUUUGUGGCCUGAAAGCUGCAGUAAUCUGUGUGACUCUCCUUAAUCGUCUUGAAGGAGAUCAGAUCAAAGCCUCCCAUGAAGUUCUAGCUGAGUAUCAGCGACGACCUCAGCAACUGAUUGCAACAUUGAUCAAAAAUCGCCUUGGGCUGAUUAAUGACAAGGAAUUAUUAGAUAAUGCAAUAGUCUAAAGUAUUACAGAAUGUGUGAGCCUGGAACAGCAUAAUAUUCAUGGAUGUGAAUUACGAAAGUUAGGUACAUUAAUCCUGUUGGGUUUUUGUAUGAAGCACAAGGACAGAAAAAGAGUGAAUUGAAAAACAAUCCCACUGAUAUUUUGAAUUUAAUAGAGGAAAAACUAAUUUUAAUUCCGAAUACAUCAUUUUACCUACAAGAAUAUACUGGAUUAUGCUUGUUGCCUUCAGAAGAAUUGUCUGCAUUAUUAACUACCUAGAAUUAAUAUUAGUUAAGUACCAGCUAAAGGCAAAGAAAGGAAUGAAGCCACCAAGUGUUUAAAAGGUGUGAUUUAAAG